AUGUCGUGGCUCUGGGGAUCCGCUACAAACCCUCAGUUUGAGGAGUUAGUAGAGAAGGCAUGUUCUCCCCUGCAUCUUCCUUAUCCCCAAUCAGAGGAUAUAGCCACGUCUCUGGAAGUGACGGAUAUGAUCAGGUCAAAAGCUGUUCUACCGAAAAUGGCAAUGCAGAGCUUGAAAAGGAGGAUAGCGGGUAAAAAUGGUAGAGUCCAGAUGUACGCUUUAGGGCUGACGGAUACCUGCAUAAAGAAUGGAGGCGAUCAUUUCUUGGCAGAGAUAGCUAGCAAGGAGUUCGUCGAUGAGUUAUCGGGUUUGAUCAAAGCUCCAUCGACUAGUCCUGAGGUCAAGCAAAUGCUACUCAAGAUGUUUCAACAGUGGGCUUUAGCAUUCCAAUCGAAGAAGGAGCUCAGCUUCUUCACAGAUGUCUAUAAUGAGCUGAAGAAUUCAGGGAUCAAGUUUCCUCCGCCUCCUGCUCCUAUCGCGGCACACUUGUUGGAAACUUCAACAGCACCAGCAUGGGUGGACAGUGAUGUUUGUAUGAGAUGUCGAACUGCAUUCACAUUCACAAAUCGUAAACACCAUUGUCGGAAUUGUGGAUUAGUGUUCGAUCAGGCUUGCUCCAGUCGAACGAUGGCAAUACCCAGAUUCGGUAUAGCUGAGGAGGUCAGAGUAUGCGAGAGUUGUUGGGUGAAGUCAGGAAAGGGCAAAACUUCUGAAGGACCCGCUCCUGCGGUCCCUGGUAGAACUCCUCGAAGUCGAGCGGAUCUUGAUGCGGAUUUACAGCGCGCUAUUGAAAUGUCUUUGGCAGAAUCUCAACCUGGAGGAAGCAAUUUCAUAGGCUCUGAACCACCUAUAGCGAGAAAAAGUGGAACUGCAGAAGAGGAUGACGAAGAUAUGAGGCUGGCUAUCGAAGCUAGUCUGAGGGACAUGGAAAGAGCUAGACCUAGUGCACCUACAGGGUACGACGAGCCUGAGUUGAGACCAUUACCAACUUUCGAUCUCGCGCCAAGAGAAACGGAAACCAUAUUGACAUUCUCAAAUACAAUGGAUCAAAUGGCUGCGUAUGGUGAGAGGGAUCUAAGAAGGUUCCCUCAUGCUCAUAUGCUCGCAGAACAAGCUUACGGGUUGGGAGAAAAGCUGCAUAGAAAUGUAGAGGAGAAGAGUACAAAACAACAAAUGCUGGCAGAAAUGCAAGGUAAACUUUCAGAAGCCGUUUCAUUGUACGGUCAUAUAUUGGAUGGUCAACAAGCAUAUUCAGCACGAAGGAUGCAAGAAGAGCAGCAACGACGAUACCAGCAACAUCAAUCAAUGUAUACUUACGCACCGCCUCAACAACCAGCAUAUCCCUAUGCACCAUCUCAAGGAUACCAUGUUCCUAAUGGAUAUACGCAAUUUGCUCCUGCUCAACCCAGUUAUCAACCACCACAACCUCAAGCUGCUCCUUCGCUGUAUCCAUCUAUGCCCUUCCAGCCUCAAGCUCAAGGGCAUCCCAACACGAAUCAUGAUUCCCAGUAUCCUUAUAGACACGAUAUGGCUUCCCCUCAGCCAUCCACGUCUUCGUCGGUUCAAUACGCCCAACAACCAUAUACGUCUCAGUCGGGCUUAGCAAGACACACUUCUCUCCAUGUACAGCCUACUUCUCUGCCACAUUCGCCACAACGGCAGGCGUCAAUGACAUAUGGUGCACCUGUCUCGGUCGCCGUCGAGAAUCCUACCCCUACGCCACAAUAUGAGAAUGCACCCCCUGUACCUAUGGCCUCUCAUCCCCCAUCAUCACCAACUACAAGUAUACACUCACUAGCUCAACAGGCGUCAGCGCCUCCAGCACCUAGUAGUCAAGGGUCAUACAGAUCUCCUAUUGCAGCUUACAACCCGCUGGGAACAUCACCUGCGCAAACCCAAUCACAAGGCUACAAUCAAUGGGAAGGACAAGGUCAAAAUCAUUCACAACAACAUCCAUCGUGGGAUUUUCAGCCUUCCCAACGAACGCAGCAGUAUCAAGCUUCUGCCCAAAAUCAACAGCCGAUCUCUCAGCAAGAAGAACAGUCCCAACAACCGUACCAAGUACGACAGCGACCCAAUGGGCUCAACCAUAGUCAGCAACAGGCAGGUAUCUACAGUGUCAAUUCUUUCCCUUCAGCUCCCGAACAGAUAUUCCCUGACGCUCCAUCAGAAAUACCCGCACCGACCAAAGGCUUGGAGAAGGAAGAACAUGAAGAAGCUUUGUUGAUUGAGCUGUAA